UUCAUCAAAUCGCGCUUUUACCUGGUGGCAGUUGACAGCUUAAGAUUUGAAGGAAUGAAUGUUUCAAACACAACACAGACAUGUUUGAAUACGGACCCAUGCUGGGAACCCCUAACGGAGGAAGCCAACAGGAUAAUUAUGACAGACAGCAUAACGAUCAUUAUAUUUAUGAUUAUCUUAGUAGUGACAGGUGUUCCAGGGAACUCACUUGUCAUUAUUGUGUAUACCAAACAAAAGAAGAAAACAACGGCUGUUCUUUUUAUUUUAUAUUUAGCCUAUGUCGAUUUGAUAACAUUGAUAUCUGUUCAUCCGUAUGUUAUCUUUAAGCUGUACAAUUCGACCAACCAAAAAUGGACAAACUUUUGUAAAUUCUUUGAAUUUGGAAUCCACGCCGGGCUUUGUGUUUCGACUGCUAUUCUUCUAAUGGUAUCAAUCGAUCGCUUUAUCGCUAUUUGUUUCCCUCUGAAGUAUUUCCGUUAUCAGAAUUUCGCCAACCAUAUUUUGAUUACUUGUUGUAUUGUUGGUGUAGUCAUCAGUACUCCACUGCUUUUAUUUUAUGGAAAACGUGAAAUAGUCAUAGAAAUAAACAAUACACUAUUACAUGGAUAUGUAUGUGACGUUACCAGUCAUUAUAGACAGUCCCUUUUAUACAAACUAUUUGCAGCGGUUUUGUUUUGUUGCUUUGUUGCUAUGUGUACUUGUCUAGUUGUGUUGUACACUUGUGUUGCUCGUAAAGCAUAUGUAGCACGCAGAAAAAUUAAUCCCGUAAAAAUCAUCGCGUCUACUACCUCGAUGGAUGAUAUGAAACCACAAUCAACAACCACAAAUACGACCGCUAUAAUUUCAUUAACUGAUGUAGAAACAGUUAGUACUGAGAACAAUCUGAAUUUCCAGAAGUUUAAUUUUUCAUCAAAAGUAAAAGAUGUAAAGAGAAAAGAAGAGCUUACCGUGGCAAAACAGAUUUUACCUGACAAGUUAAAAGCUGCCAAGAUACUGUCCCUAGUUACAGCUGUUUUUAUUCUUUCAUGGUUACCCUUUUUCGUGGUACGAAUUAAAAAUCUAAUGGAUCCCAAAGAUCCAAAGGAUACAAAAUCUCACUUCGAAAACGUAUCACAGAGUUUUUUUUGUCACCUGUUUUAUAUAAACAAUGCAAUUAAUCCAUUGAUAUAUGCAAUUCUACACAAGCAUUUCCGACAUACAUGCCUGAAGAUGUUGAAAAGGAAAUCAUGAGAAAAAAUGAAUAUUUAGAGAAUUUGCAUACGAAUUUAUUACAUCAGAACUGGCAUAUGAAUGCUUAGAAUAGAAUAAAACUGACUUCAGAAUACCUAACCUAGACAAAAUCUGGUGAAAGAAUACAUCAACGAGUUAGAAUUACUUUUAAAACCUAUAUAAGACGAAAUCUAGCUUUAGAAUGCUCGGACUUUUAUGAACCUGAAUUCAGAAUUAAACAUACACUUUUAAAUUGUAUAGCAAACAUACCGACCUCCCUGAUUAAUUCAAAGA